UGGGCGCCGCCGACGACGAGCCGACGGAGCGCGUCGAGCCGCUGGCCGAGGAAGAGGAGUCGAGCCGCCAGGCGGAGAGCAUGCGCAAGCUGGAGCGCGAGAACGAGUCGCUGCGGCACGCCAUCGAGAACUACCGCGAGCUGGAGCGACGGCGCGCGUCCGGCCCGAGCGCCCCCGGCACGGCCGGCGGUGAGGACGCCGAGGACGGCGAGGAGGACGAGGUGGAGAAGGCCGUCGAGGUUUCGCCAAACGGGACGUUCCUCAAGUUCAACGAGGAGAUCGGGCGCGGCAGCUUUAAGACCGUCUACAAGGGAUUGGACACCACCACCGGCGUGUUCGUUCGCCUGCUGAGCGGCAACCGACUGAGCAAGAAGGACCGCGACCGGUUCCGGGAGGAGGCUGACCUGAUGAAGGGCCUGACGCACCCAAACAUCGUCCGCUUCUACGACUUCUGGGAGGUGGACAAGCCGAAGCGUAGCUGCAUCGUGUUGGUUACGGAGCUCAUGACGUCAGGCACUCUGCGCACGUACCUGAAGAACUUCGGCCAGAAGAAGGUGUCGCUGAAGAUCAUUAAGCUGUGGUGCCGCCAAAUCUUGCGUGGCCUGCAGUUCCUGCACUCGCGCAACCCGCCCAUCAUUCACCGCGACCUCAAGUGUGACAAUAUCUUCAUCUCGGGCACUACCGGCCAGGUCAAGGUCGGCGACCUGGGCCUGGCUACGCUCAAGAACCGGUCGUUCGCCAAGUCGGUGAUCGGCACGCCCGAGUUCAUGGCUCCGGAGGUGUACGAGGAGCACUAUGACGAGGCGGUGGACGUGUACGCCUUCGGCAUGUGCAUGCUGGAGAUGGUGACGGCCGAGUACCCCUACUCGGAGUGCACCGGGCCGGCACAGAUCUACAAGAAGGUCAUCACGGGCAUCAAGCCUUCGAGCUUCGAGAAGAUCGAGGACGCGCAAACCCGCGAGCUCAUCGAGUGGUGCACGCGGCUCAACAACAAGGAGCGGCCCACCGUGAAGCAGCUGCUGAACCACGAGUUCUUCGCCGAGGACUGCGGCAUGCGGCUGGACGUGGCCAACCGCGAGGAGACGGUCAGCUCGGACCGCAGCGUCAUCGAGCUGCAGCUGCGCGUGCUCGACGCCAAGAAGCGACGCGACACGCACAAGGAGAACGAGGCCAUCCAAUUCAACUACGUUCUCAACAAGGACAACCCUGAGGAGACGGCCAAGCAGAUGGUCAUGUCCGGCCUGCUGGCCGAGGAGAACUGGCGCCCCGUGGCCAAGAUGAUCGUCAACCAGAUCCAAAGCCUGGUGCGCGCCCGCGAAGAGAAGCGGCGCGAGCAAGCCGUGCCGCAGACGCAGUCGGCGCCGGCGGCCGGACCGGCGCCGACCGCCCCCGGCGCCGCCGUCCACGCUUCCGUGCACGCGUCAGCCUCGCUGCCCGCCGUCAGCGCACCGGUCGACACCUCCGUGUCCACGGAGAGCGACGCUGCGCUCAGCGAGAAGAAGGAGAAGAAGAUCCGGCCGCGGCGGCGCAAGACCUGCGAGCGGUUGCCCCGCCUCACCGUACUCGAGGUGAAGGGCAGCGACAACGGCCCGGUGGUGUCCUGUCUGCUGGAGACCAACCAGUCGCAGGCGAUCACGUUCAAGUUCGACCUGCACGAAGCGGACGUGACAGCCAUAUCCUACAAAAUGGUAUACGAGUGCAACCGAUUGCAGUGA